AUGAUGAUGACGUGCCGUCUGUUGUGCGCCCUGUUGGUGCUUGCCCUGUGCUGCUGCCCGUCAGUGGGCGGGACAGAGAGUAGUCAGGAUCCAGUUAAGGACAGGCCCACUCCUUCGGUUACUCAGCCACAGGGAACAGGUGUUUCAGGGGCAACAAAUGCGUCCACGACGUCAAGUUCAGCAGUUGCGGCCGCUGCGUCACCGGGAAAAAGUGAACAGUCCGAUACGCAAGGGGUUCCAGGUGCGGGACAAGCUCCGUCAGAGCAUCCAAGUGGGGUGACCGCUCCGGCAGGAAGUCCAGAUCCAACAAGUCCGGUGCCUAUUACAAAAAAGGGGCCAGGUGGGUCCGUUAGUUCAGGGAGUCCAGGUCCGGUGGCCGAUACGGUACAGAAAAAUGGUGACAAGGACACGACAGAGUCAAAAAGUGGCAAUAAUCCAUCCACAGACCAAACAAAUACGAAUGCCGACGAUUCGGCCGAGAAGACCACGGCGGCUACUACCACUACUACGACAGCCACGACGACGACCACUGCGCCAGAGGCACCUAGUACUACGACUACAGAAGUACCAACCACGACGACCACCCGCGCACCGUCACGUCUUCGCGAAAUCGACGGCAGCCUCAGCAGCUCUGCGUGGGUGUGUGCCCCGCUGCUGCUCGCCGCAUCCGCGCUGGCGUGCACCGCUGUGGGCUGA